UCAAAGCUCUCAGAUGUAUUGUUAACAAGAAAGAUAGCGUGACAGACUCAUAUAGUAAUGCAAUCAUUGCUUACGCACUGACACUUGCAAAACAUCCCGCCCGUGCAAGCUUCCUAAAACGAUUAGCGUCUCAAGCCAUCGUCAAAGAUGGAAAAAUGCACUGGGAGUAUUCGAAUCAACGAAAACAAAGUGGUCCAAUUCGUCCACAUCAUCGUUCUUCCUCGAUUAACAUUGAAAUGACAGGAUAUGCACUUAUGGCGAUCAUUGGCGACGGUACUAAUACGAAAACACUUUCCAAAGCAAGACCUAUAGUUAAGUGGUUAUCAAAUCAAAGAAACGBACAUGGAGGAUUCUCGUCCACACAGGAUACCUGUGUAGCACUUCAAGCGUUGUCCGUCUUUGGACGUUACGUCUAUGGUGAGCUGGUUGACUACAUGAAGUUACACGCUGGUCACAAUCACCCCAAAACAUGGAUGGUUAUUGAUAUUGAUGACCAAAAAGGAUUUAAGCAAAACUUUCGUGUCACUCACAAUAAACGACUUGUGCUCCAGAGAGUUGAGUUACCAGGACAAAAUCUUCCCACCAAACUAAAGAUGAAAGCAGUUGGAAGAGGAUGUGCCCUCGUGCAGGCCGACGUGUCUUACAACAUCAAAACUAUACUAGCUGGACCAUCGUUUCAAAUCUCAAGCAGUGUACGACGACGAAGAGAUAGCAAAACUCCAGUGUUGAGAACAGAUGCUGGAGAAAAACUUUGUCAUCCUCUUGAAAUAAACGUUUGUGCUCAGUGGCGUGAGAAAGAUGAAUCUGACAUGGCAGUUAUCGAGGUUAAACUAGUAUCUGGUUUUGAACCUGAYGAAGAAUCKCUGGAGAAGCUUUUGAAUCGCAAGGAUGUUGUUCUUAAGAGGUUUGAAAUCGAAGAUACCAAGGUUGUCUUGUACUUUGAUGAGAUAAAAGAUGUUUGUGUGACAUUUGGAAUCGACCAAACUUCAGUUGUGACGAGCAUGARGCCUGCAACUGUGACUGUAUACGACUAUUACGACCCAGAUAAGUCAGCUUCUUCCCAAUACACCAUAACAAAUGAUCUUUGUACAACACAGCCAGACGCUUAGUAUCCUUGGUCCCAAGCCCUCACCAAAUAUAGAUCACUAUUGAAUUAAUUAAAGUUAGAUCUACCGCUACUAAAUUUAAUUGCAUCAAAGACUCACAUUUAAGACCCAAUUAGACGGAACAACUUUCGAAUGCAAACCUGAGUAAGUCAUCUUUUCAACAUUAACUACAGCGUUCUUGGGAAUUYUUAGUCCUUACAACAGCUGUAUCUAUAUUAUAAGGAUGACUUGCGCAAAUAGGCGAUGGUUGUAUACAAACGUUGUGYUGGUCUAAUUGCGGACUUUAACCUGCAUGUAUUUCCUAGGUUUUAAGCGUUUUUGUAGAUUUUGCUAUUAUUUGAGAUUAAAAGAAACUAAUCAUUUAA